AUAAAAGUACUGUACAUAUGAUAUGCAGUUUUUACGUUAUAAUAAAAAAUAAAUUUUCAAUUUAAUUAAAAAAUCAAUUCACUAUUUAAUUAUUGCAUAUCUUAGUUAAGGGUUAAUCUUAAUCAUAAACAAAAACAAUUAAUAAUUAAAUCUGAUGUCUGCUGUAAAGCGUUUGGCGACUGAAUAUCGGCAACUAAUGGCACAACCGGUGCCUUUCGGUCGGAUAGAGUCCACAGAUAAUCCACUCUAUUGGAAGGCAUACCUGAAUGGACCCGAAGGCAGUCCCUAUGAGGGCGGGGUCUUCGAGAUUGACCUCUUGUUUUCGGCCGAAUAUCCGAUACGAGUGCCGAACAUACGGUUCAAAACUCAGAUAUUUCACGCAAACAUUCAGAACAGUGGAUACAUAUGUACGACACUGUUGUCCGAGUGGAGGCCGACCGACACAGUGGUCACUAUUUUGCAUGCAUUGUUCAUGUUGUUGGCCACACCUAAUCGCGACAGCGCGUACAACGGACGGGGCCUAACUGACCAACAGUACAACUCGGAGGCCCGAAGUUGGACACAACAAUAUGCUAAAAAAUAA